AAACUGAAGCCUUCAGUAAAAAUUAAAAUAUAAAGUGAAGCCUAUUUCUACACUACAAAAAAAAUCUACCACUAGAGUGAAACCAAGCACUUCAAUCUUUCCUCAUUGUUAAAUUAAAUGAAAACCCACUUACCCAACUUUCUCAAAAUCCAAUCUUUUGACCUCCAGUAGAAAAAAAGCAUGAUUUGAUUCAUCUAGACAGAGCUAAUGGGGUUAACAAGAAACCCCUCAAGAUUUAUCCAUCUUCUUCUCCUCCUCAUUUUAGCCUCUCUUCAACUCCUCUAUCCCUCCAAAUCUUCACCUGAUUUCAGCAGCAUAGUGUACAAAGGGUGUGCAAAGCAGUCUUUUUCAGAUCCAACAGGAGUGUAUUCUCAAGCACUCUCCUCCUUGUACGGCACCCUUCUCUCACAGUCCUCAAAGUCCAAGUUCUACAUGGCUUCAACCGGCACUGGGCAGACUUCAAUCUCCGGCCUUUUCCAAUGCAGAGGUGAUCUAUCAAAUCUUGAUUGCUACACCUGUGUGAGCAGGCUGCCCAUACUCAUAGACAAGCUCUGUGGCAAGCCUAUAGCAGCAAGAUUGCAGCUUUAUGGCUGCUACAUGCUCUAUGAGGUUGCUGGCUUUGCCCAGAUUUCUGGGAUGGAAAUGCUGUAUAAGAGCUGUAGUGGGGCUAAUGUUGGUGGAGCUGGCUUUGAGCAGAAGAGAGAUGCUGCUUUGAGUUCACUUGAAAGUGGGAUGAGUGGAGGGUUUUUCACCACCAGUUAUGAGGCUGUUUAUGUGCUGGGGCAGUGUGAGGGUGAUGUGGGGGCUAAUGACUGUGUGGAGUGUGUGAAAAAUGCAGUCCAGAAAGCUCAGGUGGAGUGUGGGAGCUCCAUCUCUGCUCAAAUCUAUCUCCACAAGUGCUUCAUUGGCUAUAGCUAUUAUCCCAAUGGGAUCCCCAAGAAAUCAUCUCCUGCUUCCUACUCAUCUCCUUCAUCUUCAGGGGGAGGGCCUAAUACAGGGAAGACAGUGGCUGUCAUUGUGGGAGGGACAGCAGGAGUGGGGUUUUUGGUCAUUUGCUUGCUCUUUGCAAGAGGUUUAUUGAAGAAAAAAGAUGAUUACUAAGAAGUCUGUAAACACCACAAUUAUUUGAGGGUGGAGCUUUUUUUGUCUUUGAAAAUAGUAGUAGUACUACACAACUAGAAAACCACUGGUGGUGUUUUUCAUUCUUUUAAGGAAUGUGAAUUCCCAGGUUGUUGAACUUUGAAAUCAAACUUAAUUGUAGAUUUGAGUAGUGGAAGUCGGUUUUUAGCUUGUGUAGAUUUGUUGAUUUAAUUAAUUAAGGUUUAGGGAUA